GUGCCAUCAAUCCGACCAAAUCAGACGCAGCUAAUGAUAUAAUAUCAUUAGUUUGCCGGUGUAUUUUAUAAUAAAUUUAGCAUGUUUUGCAAUUUUUGAUCUUUCUGGUUCUCUGUUUUAUAUAUAGCAACUGAACUGAGUUAUCUAGUUUUGCAAUGGAUGUCACCGAUUUCUUGCUUGGAGGCGUCGGAUCUAUGGGAGCUACGUUGUUCACAAAUCCAUUGGAGGUAGUUAAAACAAGAAUGCAGUUGCAAGGUGAGCUAGCAGCAAAGGGUACUUAUUCAAGGCCAUACACAAGCAUUCUGGAUGCUUUUGUGACGAUUGCCAAGAACGAUGGUUAUUGGGCACUACAGAAAGGAUUGGCACCGUCUCUGUGCUUCCAGUUUGGUAUCAAUUCUGCAAGGUUAGGCAUCUACAAUACUGCGUUCGAGAAUGGAUACACUAAGGCAAAGGACGGAAAGCAAUCAAUAUGGAAAAGCGCGUUUUGGGGUGGUAUUGGUGGUUUCAUAGGAUCUGCGCUGGCGAGUCCUUUCUUCAUGCUACGUACUCAUCUGCAAUCUCAAGCAGUCACACAAAUUGCCGUUGGCUAUCAGCAUCAGCACACCAGCAUGACGAGCGCCCUGAUAGACAUUUUUCGGAAACACGGAAUUCGUGGCUUAUAUCGUGGAGUGUCUGUAACAAUGCCGCGGGCAAUGUUGGGUAGCGGCGGUCAACUAGCUGGCUAUGGAUAUACCAAAGAUCUGCUCCUAAGACACCCUCUACAUCAUAAUCAAUCGGAUCGUUUGGUUUCUUUUCUUUCUGGAAUAGCAGGUGGAACGGUUAUGGGUGUUACUAUGACACCACCGGAUGUGAUAGCAACUCGAUUGUACAAUCAAGGAGUGGAUAGUAAAGGGAAAGGAAUCUAUUACAAAGGUGUGAUUGACUGUUUUCUUAAAAUUCUCAAAACCGAGGGAGUUGCGGGUUUGUACAAAGGUUUUUGGCCACAUUAUAUGAGAAUUGGUCCCCAUUCAAUGUUAGUAUUGGUAUUUUUCGAUGAGCUGAAAGCAAUCAGAAAAAAAUACUACAGAAACCGCGAAAAGCUGUGAUAAUUGUUGGUUGUUGUCUGUUUAUUGUUGGGCGAUUGACGUGCAAUAAAAGUUGUUAUGAAUUACCGAACAUAAGAUUUGA